UCCAAGAACAAGAUCCUGUUAUCCACAAAAACUCCCACGUGUCCUUUCUUCAAGCUAGUUGCAGCUCUCCCGAGUCUUUCCCUCGCUCUAGUCCUGCGUUCUCUGUAACUUUCCCGUCAAAAUUAUUUCAUAAAGAUGAUAAAUUCAGAGAGAAGUAUUCUCUGCAGGAGCUAAACUUCUCCUGACUUAAAAGUUAUUCACUUUCUCCUGAGUUUCCCGUCAAAAUCUGGGUGAGAAACAGAAGAGGAGGUUUUUUUUCUUUUCCGAUUUUACCGAGAAAAUCCAUUCCUUUUAGCAUCCAAACAAAUUCAUAAACGCUUCCUAAAGCUCAUGCUAACCAAAUUACCAAAAUGACCCUCUCACCCUCUCUUUUCCUACCCCACCCUUCAUCUAUCUCCACUUCGCUCUUCAAAUCCAACUCUAAUGCCAAUCAGUUUAUAUUUCCAACCAAGGCCCCUAAAAUCUCAAUCCACCGGAGAUUCCUCUCCGGAUACUGGAUAUUACCCUCCGAUAGCCCCGGAAAAGCCAGGGCCAAGACCAGGGAGCUCAUCCUUGGGAACCCCUCGGUGACCGUGGAGAAAGGCAAAUAUAGCUACGACGUAGAAACCCUAAUCAACAAGCUCAGCAGCCUCCCGCCACGGGGCAGUAUCGCGCGGUGCCUGGAGAUCUUCAAGAGCAAGCUCUCUCUCAACGACUUCGCGCUGGUAUUCAAGGAGUUUGCUCAACGCGGCGACUGGCAGCGCUCGCUUCGCCUCUUCAAGUACAUGCAGAGACAGAUAUGGUGCAAGCCCAACGAGCACAUAUACACCAUCAUGAUCAGCUUGCUCGGCCGCGAAGGCUUGCUCGAGAAGUGCAGCGAGAUAUUUGAAGAAAUGCCGAGCCAUGGCGUGGCCAGGACCGUGUUCUCCUACACAGCGGUGAUCAACGCUUAUGGGCGAAACGGUCAGUACCAUACUGCGCUCGAACUUCUUGAUAGAAUGAAAAAGGAAAUGAUUUUGCCGAGUGUGCUAACCUAUAAUACCGUGAUAAAUGCUUGCGCGAGAGGUGGAUUGGAUUGGGAGGGUUUGUUGGGAUUGUUUGCGGAAAUGAGGCAUGAAGGGGUACAGCCCGACCUUGUUACUUAUAAUACUUUGCUUAGUGCUUGUGCUAGUAGGAGUUUAGGGGAUGAGGCGGAGAUGGUGUUUAGGACUAUGAAUGAGGGAGGGAUAGUUCCUGAUAUAACGACUUAUAGUCAUCUAGUUGAGACGUUUGGGAAAUUGGGUAAGCUUGAGAAGGUCUCGGAGCUUCUCAAGGAAAUGGAAUCAGGAGGGAAUUUGCCUGAUAUAAUGUCUUAUAAUGUGUUGUUAGAGGCAUAUGCGCAAUUGGGAUCGAUUAAAGACGCAAUGGGUGUCUUUAGGCAGAUGCAGGCAGCAGGGUGUGUGCCGAAUGCGGCUACUUACAGCAUUUUGUUGAAUUUGUAUGGGAGGAAUGGGAGGUAUGAUGAUGUUCGUGAGCUUUUUCUUGAGAUGAAAGCGAGCAAUACCGAGCCGGAUGCAGCUACAUAUAAUAUUUUGAUACUGGUGUUUGGUGAGGGUGGGUAUUUUAAGGAGGUGGUGACUUUGUUUCAUGAUAUGGUGGAGGAGAACAUUGAACCGGAUAUGGAAACUUAUGAGGGGUUGAUAUUUGCUUGUGGGAAGGGAGGGCUCCAAGAGGAUGCUGAGAAAAUUUUGCUUAAAAUGAACGAGAAAGGAAUAGUGCCAAGUUCCAAGGCAUAUACUGGGGUUAUUGAAGCAUAUGGGCAAGCUGCACUAUAUGAGGAAGCUCUUGUUGCCUUUAACACAAUGAAUGAAGUGGGGAGCAGCCCAACUGUUGAAACCUACAACUCGCUGAUUCAUACAUUUGCUAGGGGUGGGUUAUACAAGGAGUGCGAAGUUAUUUUGUUCAGAAUGGGUGAGUCCGGUGUUGCGCGGAAUGUGGAUUCCUUCAAUGGUAUUAUUGAAGCUUUUAGGCAAGGAGGCCAAUUUGAAGAAGCAGUAAAGGCCUACAUUGAGAUGGAAAAGGCAAGAUGCGAUCCCGAUGAACGGACCCUUGAGGUAGUUCUAAGUGUUUACUGCAUCGCAGGUCUAGUUGAUGAGAGUGUAGAGCAGUUCCAGGAAAUUAAGGCAACAGGAACAUUGCCCAGUGUCAUGUGCUAUUGCAUGAUGCUGGCUGUUUACGCGAAGAGUGACAGGUGGGAUGAUGCCUAUGAGUUGCUGGAUGAGAUGCUGACAAAUAAGGUAUCAAGUAUUCAUCAAGUGACUGGGCAGAUGAUCAAGGGAGACUAUGAUGAUGACUCUAAUUGGCAGAUGGUAGAGUAUGUCUUUGACAAACUUAAUUCUGAAGGAUGUGGGUUGGGAAUGAGAUUCUACAACACGCUUUUAGAAGCACUUUGGUGGCUGGGCCAGAAAGAGCGGGCUGCAAGAGUGCUUAAUGAAGCAUCAAAGAGGGGACUUUUCCCUGAACUCUUUCGUUAUAGCAAACAUGUGUGGUCUGUUGACGUACACAGGAUGUGGGAAGGUGGAGCAUAUACAGCAAUAUCACUGUGGCUCAAUAAUAUGUAUGAGAUGUUUAUGACUGGAGAAGAUCUUCCCCAACUAGCAAGUGUUAUUGUAGUGAGGGGGCGGAUGGAAAAAAGCUCAAUUACCCGAGAUUUUCCGGUUGCAAAAGCUGCCUAUUCAUUUCUGCAGGACAAAGUUUCUACAUCCUUUUCUUUUGCUGGCUGGAACAAGGGUCGAAUUGUAUGCCAGAGGUCACAGCUCAAGCGGAUUCUGUCAGAAUCAUCUUCGGAUGCGAUCGAAAAGGAUAAAAUAGUUGAUUUGAGGAAUUCCCCCUUUAAUCCUUCAGGGACAAGAACUUCCAAAAACGAUGUAAAGAGUAGCCAGAAUAAAGAUGCUACUAGAAUCAGGAAACAAACGGAGCUUGUACCAAGCACAGUUUAGAGAGAAGUUCAAAACGCACUCAUCUCUUGUUUUAAGGGCUCAGAAAAUCUCGGUCUCUGUUUUUAUGGAGAAAAAGUGAACAUUUGUGGAUGAAUUGGCUGGGGAAUGUUUUUAUGGUCUUUACCAAGUUUGCAAACCAGCUUGCCAGUGUCAGGUCUGGCACAACAGUGGAAUAAUAAUGUUACAUGUGAUGCUCAUAUUUAAGGUUUGGUUGGCUGCUGCUUACCAACUUGAUUCGAAUUCAAUUUUGGUCCUUGCAUUUAUCAUUGGGGAGACUUAAGAUGUUGGAUAGAAUUCUGGUUUUGUAGCUGAGAUUAUUCUUUUCAUAUGUAAAUGUACAUCAUAUUUUUCAUAUAAUCACAAUCAUCAGAAUAGUUGAA